CGUUGGUUAAAAAUUAUGUUUAAAAGUUGUUGUGCGCGGCCAAGUAAAAAAGUUAAUAAAAACAAACUUAAAUCCGAAAAUAUGGAUCCUCUCAGUAACUCCUCACAAGGCAAAGAAACUAUGGAAGUAAGCAGUGACAUAAAUAAUGAUAAACAAGAAACUCCAAAAAUGGCAUGCAAUCCACCCCAAGAUUGUAUAAACACUGAAGAUGACAAAAUUGAAGUUGAUCCGGUCGUUUCAAGUACUGUUUUGUCAGACCAAAACUUAAAGAGCCAAACUAAUGAUUGUCUUGAUGAAGAGUCUGAAGAAGAUAAAGAUGACGUGUUUGCGAAACCAGACUUUGUAAAAAAGAGAUUUUCUGUUGAUUUUAAAAAAAGUCGCAUUGACUUCAAACGAUAUUCUAUUGAUUGUGGUAGAAAUGCAGUUACAUUGCAAGAUCUAGCGCAUCUUGAACAAGAAUUAGCCCGCACAAACGUAGACGUACGUAUUGGCAGGCGUAAAUCCACUGGUAUACUCAAAUCGACAUCCGAUAGUGGGGAAAUUGGUGAAAAAUAUCGAGCAAAACCACCAAAAACCAGUCAAGAAUCUUGUUCAGAUGAUGAUGAUGUUUUCGAGAAAGCCUCUGUACCGAGCGAUGCAGAUGGUACCAGGGAACCUCCAGCUACGCCUGUUGGCCGCGAUGAGUUAGCUUUGCGGAGACACCGUUUCUUUUCGGAUCUAGUUUGCGCUGCUAAAGGUGCAGUCGAACAUCGUGUACGAUUUGAUCCUCUAGGGCCACUAGUUGCUGAAUCAGGUAGUGAAGUCGAUCAUACAGCGGCAGUUCACAGUCCGGCUGCUGACCUCGAAUCUCUGAUAGAGCGCUUGGAGCGUGUGACUUCACGCUUGGAGCGAUUGCCUGUGCUACGUGCUCACACGCCUACACCGCCCUGCUCCCCAGCGCCAUCUCCUGCAGGAGACGCGUCACCGAUCUUUCAGACGACAGAAAUCAUAGAAACCGACAACAUGAGCAUCAACGGCUACCAGGACUUGAUGCAGGGUCCCCUGCUCACUUACUUAGAGUUGUCGAAGCAGAUCGGCGGCGACAUCGCUACGCACGCUAACCUCGUUAACGAUGCCUUUCAACAACAGUUUCGUUACAUCCAGCUGGCGGCGGUGCGAUCUAAGCCACUGCAGGCCGAAGAGGUACAACUUCUCGCUCCGACUAGCGAAAAGAUCUCAUCAAUCCAACAAUACCGCGAGAAGAAUCGUGCAUCUCCGUUCUUCAACCACCUCUCCGCCAUAUCCGAGAGCAUCCCCGCUCUCGGGUGGGUUGCCGUGUCCCCUACACCGGCACCGUACGUGAAAGAAAUGAACGACGCCGGACAGUUUUACACGAACCGUGUUCUGAAGGAGUGGAAAGAGAAAGAUAAGACCCAUGUCGACUGGUGCCGCGCAUGGGUGCAGUUGCUGUCGGAUUUGCAAGCGUAUGUAAAGCAGUAUCACACUACAGGACUCGUGUGGGCUGGUAAGAGUGCUGGUGCCCCGCCCCCUCCCCCCGGCGGUCUGCCGCCACCACCGCCCGCGCUGCCCGACGUGGACUUCGCGAACAUGGCCGCCGACGACCGAAGCGCGCUCUUCGCAGAGAUCAACAAGGGGGAGGCCAUCACCAAUACCCUGCGUAAGGUGACGUCGGACAUGCAGACUCAUAAGAACCCUCAGCUACGGCAAGGCCCAGCUCCCUUCAAGGCGGCCGCCCCGAAGGUCCCCACGAAGGCGCUGCCGACGCCCGGCGCUGGCGUGUUACCGGACAAGCCACCGGUCUUCUCGAGGGAUGGCAAGAAGUGGAUCAUUGAAUACCAAAAGGGCAAUUCUAAUCUAGUCGUUGAGAACGCCGAAAUGAACAAUGUGGUGUACAUGUUCCGUUGCCGCGACUCCGCGCUCACCGUCCGCGGCAAGAUCAACGGCGUCGUUCUCGACUCGUGCACCAAGUGCGCCGUCGUCUUCGACAACCUCGUGUCGAGCGUCGAGUUCGUCAACUGCCAGUCCGUGCAGAUGCAGGUGCUGGGUAAGGUGCCAACGAUCUCGAUCGACAAGACGGAUGGCUGCCAGAUCUACCUUUCGGAGGAGUCGGCCGCUGUGGAGAUCGUUUCCUCCAAGUCCUCAGAGAUGAAUGUUCUCGUGCCGAACGGCAACGGCGACUAUACGGAGUAUCCCAUACCGGAGCAAUUCAAGACCGUGCUGAACAAGCCGCCCACUGGGCUCACUACGACGCCCGUCGAGAACAAAGGCUAAAUCUCAAGGAUCGUUACAGUGCGCCGGGAACUCGCUACACUUUAUUUUAUCCUCAAACCGCC